AUGGAGGAAUUUGACUCCGAAGACUUUUCGACCUCCGAGGAAGACGAGGACUACGUGCCGUCGGGUGGAGAGUAUAGUGAAGAUGAUGUAAAUGAAUUAGUGAAGGAAGAUGAAGUGGAUGGUGAAGAGCAGACACAGAAAACUCAAGGGAAAAAAAGAAAGGCUCAGAGCAUUCCAGCCAGAAAGAGAAAACGGGGUGGCCUCUCAUUAGAAGGAGAAGAAGAUGUGGCUGCCGGAGCGGAAUCUGGAGGGACCAGCAGUGAGGAGGAAGAUGGGUCUGCAGAGCAGGAAAAGGGCAGUGAGUCAGAAGAUGCAAGAAAAAAGAAGGAGGACGAACUCUGGGCCAGCUUUCUCAAUGAUGUCGGACCAAAAUCAAAAGUGUCACAGGUUGGUGUCUUCAAAAAGGCCAAUCAGAUAGGCCUCACCUUCCUCCCGAAAUGCAUCAGUAUAUGUGGUCUGAAAGCCCAGAUCCCUUUUGAAGUCCUGAGGAAUUUUCCACAGCAGACGCUGGAAGGGAAUUUUUCAAAUCAGUUCAGUGGACUUUGGAUCGUUAUCCUUUAUUUUACCACCACCCCCUACUGCAUUCAUCAAAUUGUGUGA